UCCAUUUUAUCCUAUUUUCCAGUAUAAUCGUAGUGAAAUAAUAAUGCGGCUAGAGCUAGAGUAAAGAUUGGUACUGUCAAUUGCUACCCAUUUUUUAUAAAAUGUUAGUUUGUCAAUCUAGGUUUUCAUUUCUUUUUGGAAACAGUGUCCUCUCUUGUCAUAGAUGAUUAGCUUUGUUUUCAUACGCUGCUUUGUUUUGCAUCUUUUUUCUUUUAAGGUCACAUGGUUGUUUGAUGUUUCGCUUACUGGGUUUUUAGUGAUGGUUGAAAUGCUUGAAUAUCUCUGUAUUACCAAAUGCCAACCCUUUACUGCUCGAUGAAACUUCAUUUCACUUUUUUUUUUAAUAUGACAAUGAUUUUUGUUGUUGUAUAACGAUGAAUUUGCAGGAACCAGUCUCUCAUGUUGUUGCCCGUCCUUCCUCAAGUGAUAUUCUCGAAUGGCGUAAAUUCUUACUUAUCCUUGUUUCUUUCCUCUUUUGAUUUUUUCAAAUGAAAAUGUACAUGUUUUUUUUUUUUUUAAUUCCUCUUAGCCUUUUCCACGAUCUACUUGUGCUUACGAGUGGUGACAUAGAGUUAUUGCUAUCUAUAUUUAGGAUAAAGGAAAUACAAUAUCCAAUCAUUUGUCUAGACUUGCUUCAAAUGUAACUGAAGAUUUAGCAGAUAUUGUAAGCAACACAUGAAACACUGAUUUUUGUGUCUUUGUACUCUUUCAAACUCAAAAGGUUAUGUGGAAAAGUUGAUGCAAAACACUUGUGAAUGCUUUCCAGUUCAUUACUGAUUUGCUUGACUAGUUCAAAAUCAUGGAGUUUUAAAUGCAUGAAGAUAAUGUUAAAGGUUCCAGAAAGUUGCUCUUCAUUCUUAAGAUGAAGGGGAACAUAUUUUACAGCCUUAUCCCAGUGAUGUGGUGAGGUGUCAUUUCUUCUACUGCAAGUAUAGUUUGGUAUUUGGAAGAAUCCCACUAUAAAAUAUCCCAUUGUUAUUUGGAAUGAAGAUGAGUUGAUGACAGAAGGAAAGUGAAGAGAUUACUUUCUCAUGAAAACUUUAGCAUUGUUACCGGAUGAUUUGAGAUAUGGUUCCUUCUUUCAUAGCACUUAGUGACUCUGUUUUUAACUUCAUUUUUGCUCCUUGUGUUUUGUUUUUUAUUUGCUUUCUGUUGCCUUUUGUGAUCAUAAUAUUACCAAUUUACUGAUGUGUUUUGUUGCUAUUGAUGUUAUGUAACUAUGCUUCAGAUUAUGUGUUGGAGGGAAGUGAAGGAACGCCUUUUGCAGGUGGAUUUUACUAUGGAAAAAUCAAGUUUCCUCCCGAGUAUCCCUAUAAACCUCCUGGAAUCAUCAUGAUCACUCCCAAUGGCCGAUUCAUGACUCAAAAGAAAAUAUGCUUAUCCAUGAGUGAUUUUCAUCCAGAGAGUUGGAACCCCAUGUGGUCUGUAUCAAGCAUACUUACAGGGCUUCUUUCUUUCAUGACUGACAACACUCCUACCACAGGAAGUGUGAACACUACUGCUGCUGAGAAGCGACACCUAGCAAAGGAUUCUCUUGCUUUCAAUUGUAAGAACACGGCAUUCAAGAAAUUGUUUCCCGAGUAUGUAGAGAAGUAUAAGCAGGAGCAACACGACAGGCAGCUUGUUUCAGAGCAAGUGCCAUCACAGGUACCACAAGAAGAUAAAGGCAGAACGAAGUUGGAAAAACUUGGUGAUUCUUCAGUAGAAGAUGCAAAGGGAGGAGAUACCCCGAAGGAUGCAAGAAGAAACAGGAAGCAGCCAUUCCCAACCUGGAUGAUGUUGUUACUGGUUUCAAUCUUUGGUGUUGUGAUGGCACUGCCUCUACUUCAACUUUGAAAACUAGACUGGACAAAGGAAAUUUUAGAAGCGUUAGUGGAAAUUUUUGUCAUGUAUCUACCAAAAUCUUGUAUAGAGAGGUCAAUGCUGAGGAUGCCCACUUGGGUUUCUUGACUGCCGCUAAUAUUACUGUUGGUGGAUUGUUAUACUGCUUGAAGUUUGCGUACUUCUGAUGCUAUUAUAAUGCCAAUUUUGUUGGGAUUUGUGUUUGGCAUGUCAGAUUGGAGGUCAAUGUUUUCUUGCUGUUUUGAAGUUCUGCUCAUUGUCGCUUGAAAAACACUAUCAAUGCCAUACCGAGUUCUGUUUCUCAGUCCAAAGUGUAACUUUCUUGUAUGCGCACUUGAUUAUCUCUGAUUAUUGAUUCUGAUUUGGCCAGAA